GGAGAGGAGUCUACUUCCUGGAUCCCAAAUCUUUGUUUUGGUCGUAAAAAGGGUUUAAAGGCAGAGUUUUCUUGUGGCCUCCGGUGAGAGCUCCUGGUUUUAGAACUCAUUCCUUCGGCUGCUUCCUUCCUUGAGCCCCCUCGGAAAGCCACCACCGAGUCAUAGUGAAAACCAGCAUAUAUGGCUCGCGGACAGCAGAAGAUUCAGUCUCAGCAGAAAAAUGCCAAAAAGCAGGCUGGACAAAAGAAGAAGCAAGGGCAUGAUCAAAAGGCUGCUGCCAAAGCUGCCUUAAUAUACACCUGCACUGUCUGUAGGACACAAAUGCCAGACCCUAAGACCUUCAAGCAGCACUUUGAGAGCAAGCAUCCUAAGACCCCACUUCCUCCAGAAUUGGCUGAUGUGCAAGCAUAAAGUUGUUUACAGGUGAAUUCAUGACACCUUUGACUCUUCUACUGUCUCAGACCUUAGGUAACAAACCUGCAGCUGCUUUUCUAACAAACUGUUGAUUAGCAAAAAUAAAGGGGCUACAGAAACACUCAUUUUUAUGCUGUUCCCUUUUGGGCUUCAUGCAAAGACAAUUCUGUGUAAAUGUACAGUUGACUCUGAUUUGGAAAUCCAAAAAUCAGUCCAUCCUUGUUAUAAAAAAUUUUUUUACAAUUGUAAUUAUAUUGAUGUUCAUAUCGUGUAAAAUAACUCAUUUAAUAAAGUAGUACUUUGAUUUUACAACA